AUGCCUGGUCCCAGUGAGUUUCUCGUGAAACUCUCACUAGGUACCCCAUCCAGCCUGUACUGGGCCAUUAUAGACACUGGUAGCGACCUCAUAUGGACAACAUGCCGCCAUUGUGACAAUUGCCCCAUCCAAACACCAGUGUUUGAUCCACUUCAGUCAUCCACCUACAAGAACCAGAGAUGCUUCACCAGCUUUUGCACGAUAUUGCCCCAUAAUGUCAAGCUUCCAGGAAUUGUCUUUGGUUGCGUUCAUAGUAAAGGCAAUCCUAAUCCUGCCUUGCUUAAAGUUCUUGGCCUUGUUGGCCUCAGCGGUGGUCCUCUCUCACUUGUUAAUCAGAUUGGCUCUUUUAUUGAUAAGAAAUUUGCUUAUUGUCUUCCUCCCUAUAGCAAUGAAAACAAUUCCAUGGGACAGCUCAAAUUUGGUGAGGAUGCCGAGUUUUCAGGCAGGGAAGAAGUUCAAGAAACUCCGAUGGCACCAGGUGGUUCUCAGGGCACGUAUUAUGUUCUCAACCUAACUGACAUAAGCGUCGGGGGCAACAGACUCAACAUACAAUUUGGUGGUUCAAAGACGACUGCAUUCUUGGGAGAUGCCAGAUCGAUCAUCAUAGACUCGGGCACCACGCUCACUUUUCUUGCUAUGAAUGUGUAUGGUCAAGUAGUAAAUGUGGUGGCUAAUGUCAUAAACCAUGAACACUUCUAUCGUCCUGAGAAAGAUUUACUUUGUUAA